AUGACGGCUCGCCUUCGGAAAAUUAUGCCUCUCUUGAUUUCGGAGGCACAAUCGGCUUUUUUGCCGGGUCGUUUGAUGUCAAAUAAUAGUCUUAUUGUGCAUGAACUCCUUACGUAUAUGAAUUCCUCUACUUCGAGAUUAUGUUCUGCGGCUUUGAAAUUAGAUAUGAACAAAGCUUACGAUAGGGUUAAUUGGGAGUUUCUUUGGGAUGUGCUUAAGGCUUUUGGGUUUCCGCCUUAUUGGAUUCAGCUAAUUAAACAAUAUGUUUCUACGGUCUCGUACCAGAUCCUUAUAAAUGGCAAGCCCUCUUCUGUCCUUCGGUCGGCUUGUGGUUUACGUCAAGGGGAUCCCUUAUCUCCUUAUUUAUUUGUUCUAUGUAUGGAAGUGUUUUCAAUUAUGCUGCGAAAGGCUGAGACUGCUGGUUUGUUUCAAGGUUUACGUAUUUCUAGACGUGCUCCUUCAGUCUCCCAUUUGUUCUUUGCAGAUGAUGCGUUACUUUUAUUCCGGGUGACACCUGAUGCUUGUUUGCAGCUCUUGGGAGUGAUUGACCGUUUUUGUACUGUUUUUGGUCAGAUGGUUAAUGCUCAAAGAUCUUUCGUUAAGUUUAGCUCGAAUACUCCAGAAGAUUACCGUGACUUCUUAAGUUCUGCUUUGAAAAUGCAAGCUAAGUCUUCGCUUGGAACUUACUUGGGUCUCCCGGUGGAUUUGGGUCGAGCCAAGUGUCACCAGUUUCAGCCAUUGGUCGAUAAAGUGAUGCUUCCUGGAACUAUUGCUGAUCGUAUUAAUCAUCUCUUAGCUAGAUUUUGGUGGAAGUCUAAUAAGUCUUCUAGAGGUCUGGCCUUGACUUCUUCUGCUUCCAACCAUCUCCCUCGAGGUUUAGGGGGUUUGGGAAUUCGUCAUGUACCCUCUUUUAAUUCUGCUUUGCUUGCUAAGAAAAUGUGGCGUUUAAUUCAUCAUCCACAGCUUUUAGUUUCGAGGAUUUACCGUGCUCGGUAUCCUCAUGUCAUAGGCUACAAAGCUACUACUUCUCCUUCCCGUCCUUCCUGGGGUUGUCGAAGUUUUUUAGAAGGAGCUCGCACUCUUUCUCAGGGAAUAAUGUGGAAAGUGGGCUCUGGCAAAAGGGUCCGGAUUCUGGAGGACAAUUGGGUUCCGGGUGUUUCUGUUCGUUUUAAGGAUUCAGCUCCCCUAGUGGGUCUUCCUUCUUUGGUUACGCAACUUAUUGAUCCCAUUUCCCAUGCUUGGGAUAUUUCUCAUAUUUUUCAACAAUGUGAUUUUACUUGCUUGGUGCAAGCUACUCAUCAUCUGGAGGCAAUUCGUUCGUUACCUAUGGAUCGAGACUUCUGUACUUGGUCAACCGCUACUAUUUCUGAGUUGGCAAAGGCCAAGAACUGGAAUGGUUUGGAUGACCUUAUAUCUUUUUGGUGGGCUGUCUGGUUAACUCGUAAUAAUCUUCGAUUCCGGUCGGAGGUUUUUUCUCCUGCUGGGGUUUUUGCAAUUGCGGCUAAUUGGUCUUCUAGGAGUAAGGAGGCUCGAGAAUUAUCUGAUCUUUGUCAGGCCUCGUGUCCUCAAGGUUUUGGUGGUCUUGGUUGUUCUUCUCAUCAUGCUCUGGGUUUGCUUCAGCCGUCUUCCCAGUAUGAUAUUAGUCUUGCCUUUGAUGGUGCUUGGACAGAUGUGGAUCAACGUGCUGGUAUGGGUUGGUUCUUAUCUUCCAACUUAUCUUCUCCGUCUGUUAGGGGAGGGGCUCAGGCAGGGUUUGCUUCUUCGGCCCUCCAUGCUGAACUUCUUGCUUGCCUUUUGGGUUUACAUCAUGUUAAAGAUAAAGGUUUCACAAGUGUCGGGGUUUUUACAGUUUGCAGUUCUGUCCCGACUCUGAUUGACCGUUAUACAACAGAUUCAAUUUCUGUUCUUUAG